AUGUUCGGCGGCGGCGCAUGCAGCUUCAGCUUCGGCACCAAGGUGCGAACGCUGGAGCCCGUGCUGGCGGAGAAGGAUCGCGCGCAGUUCUUCGUGGGAACCAGCACGUUGAACCAGCCCAACCAGAUUCAUUUAGUACAGGUGGACGAUGAUGCUAGCAACGUCAUGACGCGUCAAGUGUUCAACCAUCCUGGUGAGGUGCUGAGUCUGGCUCCGAGUCCUCAAGAUGCACAGCUACUGGUCACUUGUGGCAAGCAGCGAGGACAGCAGGCGGAGGCUUCACUAUGGAAGCUACCGGAUGAGGAUACUCGAACUCACUCGGGAGAGGAGGACGGGGCUGCUGUAGCUCAAGAUCUCGAGCAAUUGGCGGCAUUUCCAGCUCAAAAGCUGCCAGUAUCAGAAGUCGCUUGGGACGCUACAGCUGACACAUCCACGUUGGCAUCCAGCCACGAAACCCUGCUACGCACGUGGCAAUUGAGCGGAGGGUCGGUGGAAGCACAAGAUAAACUGGAGCUGGAUGUGUCGAUGUUGGGAGGCACGACGAAGAAAGGUGCAAGUGCGUUGGCUUGGGAUCCGCAUCACGCUUCGCAAUUGGCCUUCGCUCUUGGCGGCAGUGUACGCACAUGGGAUCUCCGAGCUAAACAAGACAAGGUGAGUAUUGAAGACGCACACCCUAGUGCGACGCUGUCACUCGACUUCAACCCGAACAAACCGUACGCGCUCGCAAGUGGGGGAGACGACGGCAAACUCAAGUUCUGGGACUUGCGCAAUGCCCGGAAGCCAUUGUUGACGAUGAACGCACACUCGCACUGGGUGUGGAGCACACGUUAUCAUCCUCAACAUGAUCAGCUUGUCGUGUCAGGAGGAUCAGACGCAGCGUUGGCUUUGUGGAGAGUGUCGUCGAUCUCGUCGUCUCCGUUAGUUGAGCUGGAUGAGCGUGACCUCAUGGACGAGACAGCAGGUGGCGCCGCUGUAGCAGACACGCUGAUUCGACGCAUUGAAGAACACGAGGACGCCGUGUACGCAGCUCGAUGGGCGGCUGGAGGAGAUGCCUGGAUGUUCGUGUCCGUGUCUUACGAUGGCCGUCUUGCUGUCAACCACGUGCCGUCCACAGAGAAGUACAAAAUCUUGCUGUAA